AUGUCCCUUCAGUCAAGCCAAGUCCCUGGCGGCAAUGGUGCGCCACCUACCGUGCCAGUCUUCGGGUCACCGACGGAUGAUAGACGCGAACCAGUGCGUAUUGCUAUGAGCAUAUGUUUUGCGGCAGCGGCCAUUGCUGUUUUGUUGAGAGUAGUGACGAAGACUUCAUUCACAAAGGCGAAACUCUGGUGGGACGACUGGCUCGUUCUGUUCGCGCUGAUAUGGAGUCUAGGAUUCUUCAUUUGUACCAUUCUCCUGAUGAACUACGGCCUAGGUCGUCAUGUAGACCUCACAAAUUCGGCAGCGAUCACGAACUUCCUCAAAACCUACUUACCCGCUGCAUGUUUCUAUGCAACGUCUAUCUCGUUCUCUAAGCUCUCUAUACUAGUAUUCUAUUGGCGGAUAUUCAGGCCGAUAAAGCAGAUCCACCUGCCGAUUUAUAUCCUAGGAAGCAUCGUCGUAGCCUGGAACAUUGCAAUUGUACUUGUCGUCAUAUUUCAAUGCACUCCAGUAAACUUCUGGUGGAACCGCUCGAUAAUCGGUGGAAAAUGCGUCGAUAAUACAAAGUUCCUGCUCGGUAAUUCCGUACCAAACAUCGCAACAGAUAUUGCGAUCCUUCUUCUGCCUAUUCCAUUCAUCUGGAAUCUGCAGCAGUCUAGUGGACGCAAACUUGCGUUAAUCGGAAUAUUCAUGCUAGGCGGGUUCGUGUGCGUGGUCAGCAUCAUUCGACUCGCGAUCCAGUUGCAAACGGAUUUCACCUCCCCCGAUUUAUCAUGGACCAUCACAAGUUUCGUAAUGUGGACUAACGUUGAGACAAAUCUGGCUGUUGUAUCAUCCUGUCUACCCUCCCUCCGUCCGGUCCUUAGUGUAUUGGGAGUUCGCGCCAAAAACACAUUCUCCCGACAAUCUGGCUACAAGAACACCGCGUACGGCAAAAGUUCGCAGGGUGUUGAGUCGCGCAAGUUUGGGAAACCGAAGGGAUACUCGCCGCACCAUGGCUCCGACACCGACACGCACAUUGUGAGCGCGGAAGUUGACGAGUAUCCGCUGGUGCAUUCGAGAUCUGAGGGGGCAAACAGCAAAAUGGGUGGGAUUCAGGUUGAUAGAGAGUUUAGAGUUACUGAAGAUAGGCGGUGA